GCUGAUUAUUGUGAACUGAAACUCUUAGAGCGCUCAUCAUAUUCUUAUAUUCUACAUCAUUUACCAUACGCCCAAAUCUCUCAGCAGCCAGUCUCUAGAAAACAUCAAAAUGCAGGUCAAGAUCGUAUCUGUUCUUUUCGCCGUUGGUGCAUUGAUUGCCCCUGCCUUUGCAUGCACCCCUGCUGGAGGUCUCUGCAUUAUUGGAGCUGCGAAUGACUGCUGCCUCGGUGCUUCCUGCGACCCCCACCCUGGGCACAACAACCCCGGCGAUCGUGGCACUUGCGGCCACUAAUUGUCUGAAGCUAGAGCAAACUACUGGUCCUCCUCUCCUUUUAUCUCUUUGCUAGAAGAAAUAAAGUCACAUGGAAUGCCGAAAACGGGAUGGAGACGUUUUAGAAGAAUCUGCUACGUUCACUUGUGGAACUUAAACUAUC